GCACAGCAGCCUUCUCCCCGCGCCCCCCGCCCCCCAGCUUUGCAAUGCACGCGCCCCACUCAGAGCUGCUCCCCCCACUGCAGCCCCAUCGGAACUCUUAAAGGGCCAGGCGGGCUCCGGCUCUGCACCAGCAGCCGCUGCUGCGGGGCUCAGCAGCUGUAUCCAGGGAAGGUGAAAAAACAGUCACCACCCCCUCUGCGGAGGGCUCGGUAAGCAGCAGACGCACCACUGAGCGCCUGAAGGAGCGUAACACUGAACGAUGGAAGAUAUCCCACCAGGCGAUCUGGACACGGCUGCUGGUGGGGAUCAGAACAGCUCGGCGACAGUGUGUCUGCAUUUGUAUCCAGGCAUGCAGGACGAUGCCAAUCCAGAUCUUGACCAAGGCCUUGCUGCACAAACCGCAGGUGCUUCCCUGAAGCACUCGACCACCCUGACAGACAGACAGAGAGGCAACGAGGUCUCUGCCCUCCCAGCAACCCUCGACAGUACGUCCCUGAAGCACUCGACCACCCUGACAAACAGACAGAGAGGCAACGAGGUCUCUGCCCUCCCAGCAACCCUCGACACUUUGUCCAUCCACCAGCUGGCUGCUCAGGGUGAACUCAGUCAGCUGAAAGAGUAUCUCCGAAAAGGGGAGAACUUGGUGAACAAGCCCGACGAGAGAGGCUUCACUCCUCUGAUCUGGGCCUCUGCCUUCGGGGAGAUUGAAACAGUCCGUCAUCUGCUAGACUGGGGUGCGGACCCCCACGUACUGGCCAAGGAGCGAGAGAGCGCGUUGUCGCUGGCCAGCACCGGAGGAUACACUGACAUAGUGACCAUGCUGCUGGAGAGAGACGUCGAUAUCAAUAUAUACGACUGGAACGGAGGCACCCCGUUGCUGUAUGCUGUGCGUGGCAACCACGUGAAGUGUGUCGAGGCUUUACUAGCUCGCGGUGCUGAUCUGACGACGGAAGCAGACUCCGGCUACACCCCCAUGGAUCUGGCCGUGGCCCUGGGACACAAGAAAGUUCAGCAGGUCAUUGAGACCCACAUCCUCAAGCUGUUUCAGACCAAGAAACUGGAGUGACGCUGGCUCGUGCUCCCUGGCUGAGAGAACCAGGGCGCUGCUGUCUCCGGAUGCUGCAUGGGAACAAGGUGGCCAGACACGCUGUCUCCUUCCAAGGGCGGACGCUCCUGCCGCAGAUCUGCGCUGCCACUGCCGAGCGAGCCGGUGUGGAGGGGGCUUUAGAAGCUGGGCUGGCAGGAAAUCCCUGAUGGAGGAGGAGCUGUUUACUCUCCAAGCAGGUGGCAAAGGAGAAGCCUCCCACACACAGCGAGACACUGAAUUGUCCAGGUAGCUGCAUUUCUGCUGCGAACAAGACUGCAAGCCGCCUCCCUCUGCCCCCUGUGUGUGUAUUAAAUAUUGCCGAAAGCACCCUGCCUGAGUGCAGCAGCCGCGGGGUGGGGGCUGUGUUGGGAACUGGGGCUUACUCAGAGAAAUGCUCUUUGGGGUGCUGCCUGUUCUUCAGAUGGGGUGAGGAUGAACCCUGCCGCCUUCCAAAGGGAGGCCAGAGGGGGAUUGAAAGCCUGCCCUGCUGAAGCAGCCCUCCUCCCCGGCCCACGCCACGGCCACUGACCAUGCUUGUUGCAAUGGCUUAGGGAGGGUUCAGGUCAGUGCACCGCAUGCUGAUCAUGCUGCAUCGAGCUCUGGGGGAAGCAGGGCAGGUGGGGAGACCGUCUGCUCGACAAUUCCCUACCUCCCUGGGCUAAACUCCCUAACCAGAGCUCCCCUCACCUUGCUACUCAGACCAGCCGCGUAGGGCUUGAAAACGCUGCCCUGCUGCACUUACCCUCGCUCCCAGGGCGGACAGAACAGGCAGCAGCGCUGGGAGUCCUGUCCCACAAGCAGCCUCGUCGGUCAUGGGGCUUCCCUCCACCAUGGUGCUUGGUGAGAAAUAGUCACACUCAGCAACUGUUAUUCACACAGGUUCCGCCCUGGCAGCUGUUGUGUCUUUGGAGGGGAGAAAUCUGCUGCUUGUAUCUUCGGACCUUCCAGCAUCAGCUGGGCGGCAGCAGAUUAAGGAGAUCCCCUUAAAGGGCCAGUCCCCCCGUGACACUCAUUGAGGUUUAUGCCCGUCACAUGUUAGUAGCUGGUUAGAUCACUCCCCCCCGCAACACUGCAAGUGCUUCAAAUCUCACCUCUUUAAAGGGCCAGUUACCCGCUCUAGUUCAACCCUGAUUAAAACAAGGUGUCCCGCGUGAUCCCAGGAAGCCCUGAGCCGCUGGGCUGCCCUGGCCUGCAGGGCAGCCCCGGUGAGCGAGCCACCCUCUCUCCGUCCAGAACGGGCUGCUGGGUCGGACGGAUGGGACCAACGCACGUGCUGGUGGACCCACUGGGGUCAAGCCCAUGGCCACCAAUGGCACGUUGCAGGGAGCGUUAGCAGCAGUUUCUGCCUGGUCCCCUCCAGUGACCACGGUGCAUCUUUGCAGCAUUGUUCCAAGCUGCUGCGUGGGUGGACUUCCUCCCCCCACCCCCCAGCACCGAGGGGCCUUUCCUGUUCAUCACCUGCAACAC